AUGCUUCAAAUUUGUUUAUUUAUUUACAAUGUACAUACAAAAGACAACAAACCAUGCACUGCUAAUUACUCCGUACUCCGUAUCAACUUCUCAACUACCGUCAACCCCUCUAGUUACAGAAAGACCGCUAAUUUGCUGCAGGACCCUAAGGUCAGACCGUGUAUCGCCGAACUCCUACGCACACGAUGUCCCCCGCCUAAGUUGCUGCUUCGAGUCGAGCGCGUUAUCGAGGUGACCGUCCGCAAAGACGAGGAAGGCCAUAACAACGAUAAAUACGAAACCCUGUAUAAAGCGUAUAGGAUCUUCCUAAGUGAUGGGGAGUAUACCAUCCAGGCGCUGCUCAAGAGCGAGCUGCACGUCCUAGCCUCCAGCAACAAAGGUGAACUGACGCCUGGGACGGUGCUGGAUGUCCAAGAUUACGAGCUACGUACAGCCAACAGGCUGCUUUCUACAUGUGCUCGGCCUGGCCGAGUUAUCUUCCUGGCUGUUGCGAGGUAUAAACGAGCCGUUCCUUAUAAAAUGGAUAUACGGCUCAAGAAACUGGAGGACGAGCAUUCGCCUGUCAAACGAGAUGCAGGCGCAAUAUCGGGCGAAGAAGACGGUGAUAGUGAUCUACUAGGACUGCAUAAGAGACAGAAAACAUCUGAGAGAGAUGAGUUGGCAGAAUUCAGGGCAGAAGUUGAGGAUAUUGAAGAAGCCAUGAAAGACGACAUCAAAGAUGAGGAUAGCGAAGGCGAUAUCCGAGAUAUAUCUCAAUACUACUCUCCAGGGGCAACAUCACCGUCUACUACGCUGUUGUCCAGCUCUCUGAAAGUUCUCACACUCUCGGACCUUCUUGCCCCUCGCAUCCCUUUCCCCAAGAGGAACUACGCCUGCAAUGUCAUCGCAGUGAUAUCCUGGAUCUCCCCGCAAGUGAUAAAACGAACACAUAUGCCUCCCAAAAGGGACCUUCGCCUCAUUGAUCCCACCAUAAUCGACAUCAUCGAUAGACGCCGCUCAUCUGUCACUUCUACUGCCUCGUUACCGUCUACAUCACCGCCCAGCAUGACGGCGAACGGGACUGUGGGUAUAUCGAUGAGUGUGUUUGUAGAUGCAGCCAGGUUUCACCCGGCCAUAGGCACCGUAGCGUUGUUUAGAGGCUUAAAGACGCAUGAGUGGGAUGGCAUUAGCCUGAACGCAUAUGAGAAGGACUGUAGAAAUAAGGAGUGGUUUAUUACCGAGCUAGAAAGGCUAAAUAGCUUGGGUAUUGAUUCUUCUGCGUUGAAAAAAUGGUGGCUACAUGUGCAAACGAGAUGGGAGGAUACCAGGGAGUCUUCGAUCUCGGACAAGUGA